AUGAACAAUCAAAAUCAACAUCAGCAGCCAAUCGUAUUCGUCACCGGUACAGAUACCGAUGUCGGUAAGACCUUUGUAUCAACACUGCUGGUACACAAAUGGAAAGCUGCAUACUGGAAACCCGUGCAGACUGGAAUUGAGUCAGAUCAAGGUGACUCCGAGACAUUGAAAAAUUUUAAAGUAGCCACAUCGACUUGGCGACCACGCAUAUUCACGCCCACUUAUGCGUUGCAGAAGCCUCUAUCCCCGCUACAGGCCAUGGAGUACGAGCCCGAGGUCGACAUCAAGCUGUUGGAUUUUGUAGUUCCUGAAGAAUGGGGCGCAGAGAAUCCAUUGAUCGUAGAAGGAGCCGGUGGGGUCUACGUCCCCAUCACUCGUAAAUUGGAAAUCACUACGGACCUGAUUAAACAUCUGAUUGAGACUAGCAAUCAUCCAGUGUACGUGGUUGUUGUGGCACGCAGUGGACUUGGGACUCUGAAUCAUACGUUGCUGACGUGGAAUCACCUUUGCGAUAAUGGUUUAAGAGGCCACCUACUUGGGGCCAUUCUCAAUGGGGAACCGAAUGAAGGCAAUGUGCAGGCGCUGGAGAAGUUUGAUGUCGACGUUAUAGCACAGGUUGCGCAAUGCGCUACGGCGCAGGACAUGGAAGUGGCGUUGCAUGGGCUGCCAUCAGUGGAGUCAUUGAUGACCCAACAAGACGAUAAAUACGUAAAAUAG